AUGUCUCUUCAAAAAACCGUACAUGUGAAAAGUUGUGGAAGAGUUUUAUCAACUCCACAAAAACUUAACCAGCACUACGUUAGUGAUAAAAUUCCUUGUCAUAAACCUGCGCCCGAUCCGGUUCCAGAAUUGAUUCCUCAAGAAUUAUCCACAUCAGAAUCAGAAGGGAUAAAGUCUCAACCCUCUAAUUCAUCUCAACAUUAUAAAGUUGAAACAGAUGUAAUGGUAUUCAAAAAAGAAUUAAGGUUUAAGAAAAAUCGUAAAUUCCAAACGAAAUGCAUUCAGAUAGUUGAGGAAAUUCUAAAUGAGGAACCGAUAAUUAAGUAUUAUCCUUCUUUCUUGAAUGGAUUAGAAUUUGAUGCCUUCUUUAAAAAAUAUCAAAUCACAUUAGAAGUACAAG